GGGGGAAGGGGUAGUUUGCCUUGGACGCUAUUUUUGGAGAAAAAUGCCGUUGUUCUGUCGGGAUUGGAGUUGGAGUUGCGUCUGUUGGCCCGUUGUGGUGUUAGACGUGAUUCGGAGAGUCGCCCCAUGUGAUUGUCUGCAAUGCACUCUAGCUGCCUCGUUCCUGCGCAUGUUGGUGAAGUGAGCAUUGUUCGUGGUUUGGAAGUUUAACUUAGCUCUAAGCACUAUAUAUCAGCUAUGAGCUAGAGAUGCAUGCUGGUCGUUUGAGGAUGCGCGGCGUAACUUUUUAGGCUAAUGUUGUAAAUGCUCAGAGGGACUUUUUCGUUUUCUUUCUCGCGAGCGAUUUCGUGUUUGUGAAUGCGUCUUUGUUGUGUAACCAAGAGUGCUCCAGACUCUCUGUCUGGCGGUGACUGGGUUCUUGAUUAUUGUCCGAAACAGAAAAUUUACACACUCACACACACACGAGCGUCCGUGUUGCGAGACGCAUCUGAAGCCGAGUCAUGGAGGCUUCUUUUUAGAAAUUGCAGAGAGAGUGUUUGUUGUUUGCUAUGAAUGAGGAGAUCCAAAGUUGAUUUUGAGACCUGCCUCUUUUGGUGAGUGUCAAUAGGUUUUCUAAUUGAUCGUACUUCCAAUGGUUUGCAAAAACUAGUGACUCUAUUAUUUGCAUAUUUUGGUCGCUUAUACCUUUGUCUGAGCGUAUCCCUCCGUGAGUCAAGAGGUCGCAACUGUUUCAUUUUUAACUUUUUAUUACCUCAGUUCUCGUUUCAUAUUGCAGUAAUAGCUUCCUGUUCGUCUGACUCUUGCUAUUCAAUAGAACCUGUUAAUGAAGUUGCCACGCGCUCAUUCUGGCUCUGCUUAGCGAUAGAGUUUCUGUUCAGCUGUUUCAAAAAAAUAAAAUAGAAGAAAGAUUUCUAGCUGAAGAUAUAGCGUGAUAUAGAAAUGGAUGCAUGGCUGGUAUUGUGUUCAGUCAUAUUGUAAGUGUUAUGCUGUUGCAACGAGUGCUUUUUAACGUGAAAGACUGCUUCAUCGAUGGAUGAUCACUCUAUCAAUUGAUUAUCUCUUCAUAAUGGCGAAACUUCACACGUUCAAUCAUUAUCCAGAUCGCUACACAGGCACUAGCAAGAUUCUUGCCGAAGUUUUGACGAAAAUUUAAUAAAAGAUCAGGCGUGAUCCCUUAUGUUCACGAGCUCAACGUUCCUGUGUUCAACUUGUCUACAGUACUUAGUGUUUUAGAGACUGGAAGAUGGAUAACGAUCAGGAAUUGAGCGUGAGAGCAUUAAAAGUACAAGGUAUCUUCAAUCAGUUUGAUCAUAAUAAAGAUGGAUUCCUCAAUAGGAAUGAAAUGGCCAGCUUGGUGAUUGCUGUCAACCCCCGGGUUAAGUUUAGUAAAAAUCAGAUCGAAGCCAUUCUUGACGAAGUGUUCAGAACGUACGGGGAGUUCAUCGAAGGUAGCAGGGGUUUGAGCUUUGAGGGAUUGCUACGAACCUACGAUGACGGAGCUGGUGAUGUGGACAGGGAUUUUGAAGCCUUGGGACUAAAUCUGCCUGAGAAGCCUCCCCCGCCAAAGGCAUCACCAACCUCAGAGCCUACUGCAUCGAUGGUGAAACCCUCAUCCUCGAUUGCAAAUGAAACCAUAGGCCAGGUUAGCAGGCGCUUGUCUAGGGUUCCUGAAUGGGCCAAGUCUGCAAACAAUGGAAUCCAGUUUGAGGGAACGUGGAGGUUGAUAGAAGACUUGGAGCAUAUACUGAAGAGACAAGACACGAAGAUUGAGGGGAAGCGGAAGCAGAGAGAGGACAAGAAGGGGGCUGGACUCAAUGGUCUGGGCUCUACCGACUGGGAAGAUGGUACAGAGCAAGGAGAAGGAGCUGGGGUGAGACGUGGAGAGGGAGAGUUGGGUACCGACUUGGGUCUUUUUAAGAAAGAGCUCCAGGAAUUACGUGACAAGGUGGGGAAAGUGCAUACCCCAGAUGAGGCCUUUGAUGGACACAUGGCUAUGGGGAAGAGCUUGUUUGAGCGUCGUUGGUACGAGGAUGCUCUAGUUAGCUUUCAGCUGGCAGUUCAGUUGAAGCCUCAGGAUGUGCGGGCUCACUUCUUAGUUGGCAAUGCUUUCUAUUCUUUGGGUGAUUUCGUGGAAGCCAGGACUUCAUACCAGAAGGCUCUUGAGGCAGGGGAGGAAAAUGCCCAGGAAUGGGAGGGUAUUCUUCCACAGGUGCAUGUCAACCUCGGAAUCGCCUUGGAGGGUGAGGGUAUGCUGUUGUGUGCCUGUGACCACUAUCGCGAGGCAGCUAUACUGAAUCCUCGUCACUAUCGUGCUUUGAAGCUCUUGGGAAGUGCCCUUUAUGGUUUGGGUGAAUACCGAGCAGCUCAAAAAUGUCUUGAAGAGGCGUUAGUCUUGAAACCAGAUUAUGCAGAUGCUCAUUGUGACCUUGGUUCAGCUCUGCACUCAUUACACGAUGUCGAACAAGCUAUUUCGGAGUUCCAGAAGGCCAUUGACUUGAAUCCUAACCAUGUGGAUGCGCUUUACAAUCUAGGUGGAUUAUUGAAAGACUCCUUAAGGUAUGAACGAGCUGCUGAAAUGUACCAGAAAGUGAUUCAGCUAAAGCCUCGUGACUGGAGAGCGCAGCUCAACCGAGCCGUCUCCUUGUUAGGAGCUGGGGAGCAAGAGGAGGCUAAGAAGGCUUUCAAGGAGGCUUUUAGAAUGACAAACCGUUUGGACAUCUACGAUGCUAUCAAGCAUUUGAAACAGAGAAAGAGCAUCAAUGCAUUUGCGGCAAAUGCUGAGCAGAGUGCUACUGGUCGCCGCACCAUCGUACAUGAGCCCAGCUUUACUCUGGUGGAUAGAACCAAAUUCAGGCAGGCAAAUAAUGAUACUACUCCGCGGGAAUAUUUGGCUUGCGCUCUCGUCAUUCGCAAGUUUCAGAAACACACAAGGCUGAAUACUUGUGACAUUAAUACUCUUUCAGCAGUUGUAGAUAAAAGCGGAUAUCUACGUGUCAACGACAAAACUGGUGCUCCACCCUCUCAAAACGAGAAAAUGGUUCGCAAAGCAGAGCUGGAAAAAUUAUUACCUGGGCUUCUCAAAAAUUUAAAUCCAGAUACCUUUCAGAGUGCUGUAAGGGCUAUAAACGAGCGCAUCCUGUCAAUUCUAGACCGAACUGGUUCUGGUAGAGUCGACGUGGGCAUGUUCUUUGCAGUGUUGGCUCCUCUCUGUGGAGGUCCAGUGGAGAAGAGGAAGCGGCUAGUCUUUGAUAUUCUUAGACGGCGAGUGUCACAUCCAAAGGAAGGCGUUGCUCCUAAUGCAGAUGUGAAGCUCUACAUCAAAUCCCUUCGAGCAAUCUAUCUUCCUACUCAGGGCGCAAGUGAGCUGGCAGAGAUCCACGGCGAGGAUGACAAAGUGCAAGUCUCAUAUCCAGAGUUCAAGAAUAUGUUUGAUGACCCCAACUGGGGUUUCGGCAUCUUGCUCACUUUGGUGAAGCUUGAGCAAGGUGACCGUAUCCGUCAUGAUGGGGUCACAUGUGGAGCUUGCGAUUACGUCAUAAUUGGAUCAAGGUUUAAAGAAACCACCAAGAAGUUCAACCUGUGUUCCACUUGUUACAGUGAAGGGAAGGUCCCAGCUAAUGUGAAACUGGAUGAGUAUGUGUUCAAGGAGUACAGCACUGAGCUCGGAGCCACUUGGGAUCGGUUCAACUUCUUUGGUAGCAGCAAGCAAUCAAAUGCACAAGCGUAGGCUGUGUGGGUGGCAGGAGCUUCAAAUUCAACUUCAACUUCACACUGUUGUCCGAGCAACAGUCCGCUCCAUAUAUUGUCAGUGCAUAUAUGUAUGGAUUACCUGUGGAAGGCAAUUUUUCAGUACAUAAGACGAAUAUACGACUUCUGGAGAGCCUGUGGAGCGCAGAGGCUACUACUCUGGGUAUUCUACGAGAUAAUUAAUCACCAUCGAAUCGAUGUUGGAGAAGGAGAUUAGGUUGGACCCUUACCGUGCUUGUUGUUCUUCAAUGGUGCAAUUGUGUGAUCGCAUAGGCGGCGAGUGUGAACAACAUUUCAGGUUUGAUUUUAUUUUUGGGGAUUUUAUUUUAGUAUUUUAGUUUUUUAUUUUAGUUUUCCUCACUUGCUGACAAUGAUAGCUCCAUUUGAUGGUUUCGUCGUAGUUUAACCAUUUGUAUAGUUGGCCUACAUGUUGACAAGAUUGCUCUGCAUGAUUCUUCACUUUAGCAUUAGACUCUAAUUAAUACUCGCUUUCUGUAGAGGCCCGCUUCUGUAAAAUUUGUACUAUUUAUAGUACGAAAAUAUCAGUUUUGAGAGUACUUGUU